AUGGAGCUCGUUUUUCUUUUCUUGUGGGGCUUGCUCCGAUCCGGAGAGGCAACUGGACAUGGAAAUGGGAAGUGCUCCACCCCACACUACAUUGAGUUUGCUGAGAUUACCAUUGACAGGAUCAUGGUGGGCAGCAAGGUGCGAUACAAGUGUGAAGCUGGCUAUAGAAGGAUACCUGGGGAGAGUAACUUUAUUGUCUGUACUAAUGAUACUGGGCUUAUUCACUGGACCACAAAAGCUUCUGUAUGUGAACGGGACUCCGGGGCUACUUCACAACAGUCAGAAAGAAAACCUGAGAAUCCAGUCACCAUAGUGCCAUCUGACACUGCAGGUUAUUGUGGGAUACCCAGCCCUGUGGAACAUGCCACACCUAGGGUGACACAUUAUGCCAUGGGUCAGGAACUGCGUUACAAGUGUCUGAGCGGUUAUAAUGCUCGACCCACAACCUCUGAUAUCAGCACAUGUAAGGAAGAGCGUGGGAAAACCUUCUGGACAAGGCUAAGUCUGCUGUGCACUAAUGACAGCAGGAGUGGAGAAGAGAUGACCCAACCGAUUCCAAUAACAGAUACAUCAGAUCUGUUCCAUGUCCCAUCAGUGAUGUUUCCUGUCACAGUUGCUGUCUCUGCUGUCUUCCCAAUCAUUUUCAUCAUUUUGGGGUGGAUCAUCGUACCGAAACUAUGGAGAUGGAGGAGUUUGACAGAAGACGUAAAGAUUGAAAAGACAAAGUCCAUUCUAAUAACAGCAGCAAGAGUGGAAAUGGAGAAUGAGGAGGAAGCUCACAGACUAAAAUCCAACAUGUGA